AUGUGACUAGGAAGUGGAGACUGAGUUUAAGCCUGCUUUUUGUAUCGGUGGUUUAUUCAGUAAAGCGACUGACAGGAUGCUCAUUGGGGCCGGUGUUGCUCUAGUUGUUGCUCUGGGAGCACUCUGGACAUUCAGAGAGGAAAGAGAAGACUGUAAUGAGAAGUGGAUCAACUUCAGUAAAUACGGACUGAAGUAUGAUCUCGAAACAAAGCUGUACGGGCAGCAUGUCGCUGCUCAGGUUAUCCUGAAAACUGUCACAGGCUUCAUGAAUAAUGAAAACCCAAAGAAACCGCUGGUUCUGUCCUUCCACGGCUCGACCGGGACCGGGAAGACCUUUGCGAGCCAGCUUAUAGCGAAAAAUAUUUACAAAAAAAAGACGAUUAGCAGCUUUGUUCAUCUGUUUUCAGUGACAGCACACUUUCCUCACAAGGAGAAAAUUGACACGUACAAGACGCAGUUACAGGAGUGGAUACGAGGGAAUGUUUCCAACUGCCCUCGUUCGAUGUUCAUCUUUGAUGAAAUGGAUAAAAUGCAUCCAGGACUGAUUGACAUUAUAAAACCUUACCUGGACUUCUCAGACAACCUGGACAGAGUGUUGUACAAAAAGGCCAUCUUCAUCUUCCUCAGCGAUGCUGGGGGUGUGAAGAUCAAUGAGGUGACUAUGAAAUUCUGGAGGGAUGGUAGAGAACGAGAGGAGAUCCAGCUGAAGGAUAUUGAGAAGGAACUUUCACAGUCUGUCUUCAACAACGAAGACAGUGGUUUAAGGCACACUAGUUUAAUUGAUAAGAAACUGGUGGAUUUCUUCGUGCCGUUUCUUCCUCUGGAGUACAAGCACUUUAUUCAGUGUGGUUUGGCUGAGAUGGCCAGACAGGGUCUCCCCCCAGAUAACAGUGCGAUUAAAAGAUUGGCUGAUGAACUAACCUUCUUCCCUAAAGAGGAGCGCGUCUUCUCGGACCAGGGCUGUAAACUCAUUGCUAACAAAUUGCCUUUCUUUAUAUAACACACAGAAAAAACAUCUCCAAUCUGUCAUUCGUCAUCAUUUAAAUUAAAUAUGUAACACAAAACACACCUGUGUUACGGGUCCCGGGCUUGGAACACGUAAGUAGAUUAAAAGUACCUGAAUUGUCAGGAGAAACAAAAGCACAGGCAAACUUCAGUGUCUUUCCGCAGGCGGAGCUUGAUAGUGUCUCUUUAUUAACAUUAACAUCAUAGUAACAGUGUAAUAUUGAAAUCUUUUUCAGUGUUUUCACAGCUAGCCCAUUUAGUUGUAAUCAAGUCAAGUCAAGUCAUCUUUAUUUAUAUAGCGCUUUAAACAAAAAAGAUUGCGUCAAAGCAACUGAACAACAUUAAUUAGGAAAACAGUGCGUCAAUAAUGCAAAAUGACAGUUAAAGGCAGUUCAUCUUUGAAUUCUGUGAUAUCAUCAUUCAGCUCAUCUCAGUUUAAAUAGUAUCUCUGCAAUCAUUUGCAAUUAAGUCAACGAUAUCGCUGUAAAUGAAGUGUCCCCAACUAAGCAAGCCAGAGGCGACAGCGGCAAGUAACCAAAACUCCAUCAGUGAGAGAAUGGAGAAAAAACCUUGGGAGAAAGUUGUUGUAAUCACAAAUCACGUUUCAUAUGAUCAAAAAUACAGUUUUGUAAAAUGCUUUUGUAUUUGUUUACAAAAAUAAAAUUUUCAAAUGUG